UCCACGGACCUCUCUAGUCGCCACUGCAAUGCGCACUUUCACGCCUGUCCUGCUUGUGGCUACUGUCGCCGCCGUUGCCUCCGCGCAGUCCAGCUCUGGCACGACAACGACUGCCUCGCUGUCGUCUGCAUCGGGCUCAGGAUCGGCGUCCAUGUCGGCAGAGCUCGCGGCCAUCUCCGAGUGCAACAGCACUCAGUUGGACGCGGGCGAGGCCAUUCUAACGUCGAACCAGCGCGCAGAGCAGUGUGAGGAGGCCCUGAGCUUGCAAUCCGGCACAAUGCUGCAGGUGACGACCGCCGACGCCACCGAGAUGUGCGACACAGCGUCCUGCAAGGCCGCCCUACAGGAGCUGUACAACGAGCUGCCUAACUGCCGCUACAACCUCUGGGGUCUACAAUAUUCGGCCAAGAAACUGCUAGAGUACUGCGGCAUCACGCCUACCAACUCGACCGACUCGGACUCCAGCAGCGGCUCCGUCGGCUGGAGCGUCAACUCGGGUUCGGCCUCGUUCGCACCCGCAGGAGCUACGGAUGCCCCCUCCACGGCCAGCAGCACAACUGGUGACAGCUCUGCUGGAUCCAGUGCUGCUACUACUACGACCGCUGUCUCGACCAUGUUGGCAGCUACCGUGAGCCUCAUCGCUGCUUACUUGGCCUAAGCCUUCAAGUCAUAGGGAAAUCGUGACUGACACAGCGUGCUCUCUUGCUCCUUCGUUUCUCGUCAAGCAAUUGUUUCGUGUUUGCAACGAGCUGGUUUUUGAGGUUAGUCCACAUUUUAAAAAUGAAUUCUUCUUUUAUCUUGGGUUUCUCUUGCC